AUGAACGAUGAGGCCGAGGCCGAGUCGUCUCGGGCUGCACGGCAACAUGGAGACGGCGUCUCAUCCGAGCAUGCAGACCUAGAGCACAUCUUCAGACGGGUCGAUGAAGAAGAAGACGAAGCAGAAGAAGAGCGCGAACGGCAGAAGUCUGCAAGAGAAAGACGACUCGAUGCGAAGAGGAAGCGGAUACGGAUGCUGAAUGAGCUUCUGCGCGAACUGGACAUGGUUGUCUACAUGGAGCUCAUCACCGUCUACCAUCUCGAGUAA